AUGCCCAAUCAAUCCCCACCACCACCGAGCAUGGAUUCAACAGGUCUUCCCACAAAUACCCCUACCACUCCCUUCAACAACUUGAAUACGAAUCUGUGGAGUGUACCACAUGCGUUGACCAGUCCGGCUGCAGGUCAAGUGCAAUUGAUAUCACCUUAUUCAACACCCCAUCCUUUGAUUUCCUCCGGUACUCCGGUCAUCAUUACGUACCCUGCAGCUCAGCCAAUCACAUCAGCUUCUCAGCCUUCGCCGUCGGUCAUGCAAUCCUCUGUUUCAUUAACCCCUGCCGAGUCGACACAAACUGCCAAAACAACACAACCUACCGAGACAACUCAAACUCCUGAGGAGCCUAAGAUCACUCGUCGUGGUCGUAAGAGAAGUUCUAAAAAGGGUCCAGCGUCUUCGAAAAGGAAAACUGCAGCAUCAGCCACAACAUCCGAGUCUCUAGCUGAAGACAAGUCCGGUUGA